AUGAACGAAAGGGAACAGGAAAAUGCAUUGCAAAAAUUUCAGGAUUGCUACCCUCCACACUUUCCUUAUCACUUCGUACCUCUCAAGAUAAGAAAGAAAGACCCCCCCCACCACAUUUCUGAGGUGGAUUUAAUCUCUGUCUCUCCCUAUCUAUCUAUCUAUCUAUCUAUCUAUCCCCGUCCAUUUUCUAUCUCAGUGUGUUCAUUUUCUUUCUUUCUUUCUUUCUUUCUUUCUUUCUUUCUUUCUUUCUUUCUUUCUUUCUUUCUUUCUUUCGAGAUAUCUCCGUCCAUUAUCUAUCGCAUUGUGUUCAUUAUCUAUCUAUCUAUCUAUCUAUCUAUCUAUCUAUCUAUCUAUCUAUCUCCGUCCAUUUUCUAUCUCAGUGUGUUCAUUUUCUUUCUUUCUUUCUUUCUUUCUUUCUUUCUUUCUUUCUUUCUUUCUUUCUUUUUUUCUUUCGAGAUAUCUCCGUCCAUUAUCUAUUGCAUUGUGUUCAUUAUCUAUCUAUCUAUCUAUCUAUCUAUCUAUCUAUCUAUCUAUCUAUCUAAUUGA